CGCAGAUUAUACGAACUCGCGUUAUAUUGUACCCGUCGGGCCAGUUUUUUUAAAUAAUUUUUUUACCGAAAGCUUCACUUGAUAAAAAAUUAUUGAAGUGUUCCAUCCUAAGCAUAUUAUGGUUUGAUUUCAAUCUUACAACCUCCGACUACAUAACGAACUACAGAAAGUCAAAAACGUUCAUUAGAGACUUUGUACUCGAUCCGUAACAUUCGACGAGCGUGGAAGUUAAAAACAAAACUAAACCGAAAAAAAUGAGUGUCGAAAACAAUAAACCUGACGACUACACAGUGCUUCCAGACUUUCUGGUCGAACUAUUAGAAAAUGUUGCGAAAACAGAAGGUUUCGAAAAUUUCACCUAUGCGAUAAGUGCCGGUUCGAAUCAUGGUGACGGUUUUUUAGCAGCAAUGAAACGAAUUACCGUGACGGGGAAACGGAAUGGUCGCGACGAGGAACUAUCGUUGAUAUUCAAAUUAAUGCCGGCGAGUGCUGCACGUCGCGAACAAUUCAAUUCGACCAAAGUUUUUCGCCGUGAAGUCGUGAUGUACAAUACAGUGCUGAAGAAGAUGAACGACUUUCAGAUCGAAAAAGGUCUAACGGCCGAGGAUGGAUUCUUUGAGUAUCCGAAAUGUUAUGGUGUUGUUGAAGACGAGGCAAAUGAUCGAUUCGCAUUGGUUAUGGAGGACUUAAAGAAGUCGAAAUACGAAAUGUUUGAUAAAUUGAAACCGUCCGAUUACAAUCACGUGAAAUUGUUUAUGGAAGCACUGGGCAAAUACCAUGGUGUUUCGUUUGCAUUGAAAGAUCAACGACCAGGUGUUUUCGAAGAGUUCAAAGACCUUGAGGAUAUUUUCGGUGAUCAAGUUAAAAAUUCACCGGAAAUGAUGCAAGCGAUGUUCCGAUUUGCAUACGACCGGGCAAUGGUUGCAUUCGACGAUGAUAUUGCCAAAGAGAAUGCAGUUCUCACGUUGAGGAAGUCCAAAGAAAACUACUUAAACGAACUAAUCAAUUUACCUCAAGGCCGAAAAUCGGAACCGUUUAGCGUGGUGAACCAUGGAGAUUGCUGGAACAACAAUUUGAUGUUCAAGUACGACGAAGAGACAAAUGUUCCGCAAAAGAUAUGCCUUCUGGAUUGGCAACUGGGGCGCUACAGUUCACCAGUAUUAGACAUUUCCUACUUCAUGUUCUCGUCAACAGAUCGAAAGCUCAGGGAACAACAUUUCGACAAACUCAUCAAAAUCUACCACAGUUCACUGUCGAACACAAUCAGGAAAUUGGGAAGCGAUCCCGACAAACUGUUCAGUUUCUCAGACCUUCAGGGGGAACUCAAACGUUACGGACGAUUCGGCUUGAUUUUAGCGCCGAUUUUAUUACAAAUCAUUACGUCCAAUCCGGGUGACAUUCCAGACAUGGACGAAUUCGCUGAAGAUAUGGCAAACAAGACAAAAACAAUGGACGAAAGUAUGGCAACGUUUGCGAGUAUUUCAUCACUAGAAGUGUACAACCAGCGAGUGAGGGAUGUUGUCAAAGACGGAAUGUUGUUAGGCUAUUACGAAUAAAUAUUUUGAUUUCUCGAUUUUC